GGUGGGAGUUAGCGGUUAGCACCGAGCUAACAGCCGGAGCGUGUAAUGGCGGCCUCGGUGUUGUUGGGCUCUGCGGACGGCGCCGGACUCAGCUUCACUGUCGGGGGCAGCGGCAGCAGCGCCGGAAACACUAACGGAUUGGGACCGGCGGGUCCGGCGCCCUGGAACCGUUCUCUGGACCGGGCGCUGGAUGAAGCCGCGGCCACCGGGAGCCUAAACCUCAGCGGCAGGAAGCUGAAGGAGUUUCCCCGGAGCGCCGCCAACCACGACCUGACCGACACCACCAGGGCCGAUCUGUCUCGUAACCGGCUGUCGGAGCUUCCUCUUGAGGUUUGUCACUUCGUGUCUCUGGAGAGUCUGAACCUGUACCAGAACUGUCUGCGGUCCCUGCCAGACGGCCUGGUUAACCUGCAGGCUCUGACUUACCUGAAUCUCAGUCGAAACCAGCUGUCGGUCCUGCCCGCCGUCGUGUGCAGCCUCCCCCUGAAGGUUUUGAUCGCCUGCAACAACAAACUGGUUUCUCUGCCAGAGGAGCUGGGAGCGCUGAGGCACCUCACCGAGCUGGAUGUCAGCUGCAAUGAGAUCCAGACUCUACCUGCUCAGGUGGGUCAGCUGGAGGCUCUGAGAGACCUGAACAUCAGGAGGAACCACCUGGUCCGACUGCCACCAGAGCUCGCCGAGCUUCCUCUGGUGCGUCUCGACUUCUCCUGUAACAAAGUGACCUCCAUCCCCAUCUGUUACCGCCGACUCACACAGCUACAAACCAUCGUCCUCGACAACAACCCGCUGCAGACCCCGCCGGCUCAGAUCUGCAUUAAAGGGAAAGUUCACAUAUUUAAGUACCUGAAUCUGGAGGCCAGCAAGACGACGCCAGACCUGCCAGAGUACGACAGACGACCUCUGACCUUCAGCUCCUGCGUGGACGAGCUUUACCCCGGGCGUCCGUAUGGAGCACUCGACUCCGGCUUCAACAGCGUCGACAGUGGAGACAAGAGAUGGCUGGGCAAUGAGCCCUCAGAGGAGCUGUCGGAGCUGCCGCAGAGAGUGGCCGAGAUCAGCCGAGACCAGAGACACAGAGGAGGAGGAGGAGCAGGAGGAGGAACAGGAGCAGCGCUGGCUAACGGGACAUAUGUGGAGUUGGAGCAGAUAGACUUCAUUGACAGCUGUGCAGGGGAGGAGGAGGAGGACGAGGGAAGGAGUCGAGGAGGAGGAGACAGGAGCAGCCUGAGCUCACAGUUCAUGGCUUACAUCGAGAGACGCAUCACCAGAGAGGGUUCUCCUGUGAAAAGCGGCUCUUCCAGAACAGAAGACCCGAGGAGGCACAGCAGGAAUGUGGUCGAUGGUGCCACAGCGGCCUCCGGCUCCCACGGUCAGAGAGGAGGUGUGGAGAGGAUGAGGAGGGAGGCGCAACUCGCCGCCAUGAGGUACGACGAGGAGCGGCAGAAGAACCGCUCACUGCAGAGGGACAACGUCAGCGGAUAUGCCAAGCAUAAAGCAACUCCGAGUCCAACAAAGUCCAGUCCAGACACUGAGAAUGUCUACCCCUCCAGACGCUCCACCCACACAGAUGACUCCGCCCUCUUCAUGGGUGAGGACCGAGCUGCACUCUCUCCAACGGCCAAUCAGUCACCAUCUUAUCCUAGCUCGGGAGGCGUGGGCUCCUGUCGGACUGCCAGCCUGCGACCGGAGAGCUUCCUGUUCCGCCUCGGCCAGAGGGAGGAUAAGAGGAAAGGUGACACUGCAGCUCCUUCGAGCCAGGAGGAGGUGCCUGCUUCACCUCCUCUGGUAGGAGAGGAUGCUGAGGUGGUGGAGCAGCUCAGAAAGAACAUCGAAGCUCGUCUCAAAGUGUCGUUGCCUAGCGACCUGGGAUCAGCCCUGACGGACGGCGUGGUGCUGUGUCACCUGGCCAAUCAUGUGAGGCCACGGUCUGUCCCAAGCAUCCACGUCCCCUCCCCCGCUGUGCCUAAACUCACCAUGGCCAAGUGCCGGCGAAACGUAGAGAACUUCCUGGAGGCGUGUCGCCGCAUCGGAGUCCCACAGAAUCAGUUGUGUCUUCCUCUUCACAUCCUGGAGGAGCAAGGGCUCCCCCAGGUGGCCGCAACUGUUGGUGCCCUGCUUGACCUGGCCCCGCCCCGACACUCCAGCACCACGACAACCCCCACGACGUCCUCAACCCCAUCGGGACCAUCUGUCACCAUCUAGCCAACUUUGCACCCCAUUGCACAUGCUCAGUCAUCCUCCAGUCACCAACCAAUCAGAGCUCAGGAUCUCUUACCGUCCACGUGAUGUCAUCAGAAAACCACAACCAAGCAUGGCAUCCAAAGUGUCUGCUCAAACAGAA